AUGAAUCAAGCGACUCAUAACGAGGACGUUUCCGGAAGCAUGGAGCGCGCUACUGCUGGGUCGACGGCUUUGGCGGAACCUAGGCGAAAGGGACGUGCGACUGCAAAUGCAGGCGAGUCGGUUGUAUCAGGAGAAGUUGCAUCAGAUAUGGACCCUGAGGCUGAGAUCGCACCUCGAGUCGCGGAAUCGCCGAUUGGUCGCACGAAAGUUGUGAUUGAUGCUCCUGCCAGCACAAUCUCAGCAGACGAGAAAAGGACGGAUCAGCGUUAUUCGGAACGCACUGAUGCACAAGCGAAUGCGAAAGAUGAGAUCCGCACAUUGUCGAAAAAAUCUGCCCAGCUAGCUCUCGAUGAGGCGGUGGGUGUUGUCGGAAACCACGACAAACACGCGGAUGACGAAGAGCUUGACGAGGAUUAUGCGCAUGACGAAGACGAGCAUGCUGACGAAGACGAGGAUGUUCACGAAGUUGACCAUGACGAAGACGAGGAUGUUGACGAAGAUGAGUACGACGGAGACGAGCAUGAGGGUAGCGGAUUCAGUUCUGAUGGCUCGGCCGAAGGCCCCUUCAAAGACCCCUCCGAAAGGACAGCAGGUGAAGACACGCCACGUCAUUUUUUUCGCAGUUCCAGCCACGGUGGUCUGCUGCACGAGUUCAGUUUUGGUUGAAUGCUGGCAGAGGUGUUGAAGCCCGUCCGAGGCCAGAGAUGUACUGGUCAUGGUCUCCUCAAAUGGGACCUUUGAGGAGCUCCACUGGGCUGCGCUGGUGCUAUCUUUGUUCACCAAUCUUGAUCACAACCACGAUGGCAAACUGCUUCUGCGGGAAGAGGUUGGCGCGAGUCUCUUCGUUGCUGACUGGGACUCUGGUGGCGCUGUCUCUUUUGGAGAGCGAGAGCUGUUCUCCAACGGAGAAGAACAGUAUGCAGCGGCGGAUUGUUUUUGGGACUGGACACCCCCUGGAAAGAAAGACGCCGUGAUAUUUGAUGCCAAGACCGGUGCACCGCAUGCGUACAGGCCAUCGCUUGACCAGAAGCCGCAGAGCCGCACCAAAUCGAAGAGGGUUAUUACUAGUGAGGCUUCGAAAUUGCAAAAGGAGGAUAAACUGGUUUUCCGAUAGACCAAAUAAUAUGUGGGGACCCUAAGCGAAAGCGUGGGAUCCCUUAUUAUCUUUUUCAGUGGACGUGGAAUACGACAACGCACAAUAAGUGAAGAUGUUUCCCGUUUGUUUGUGCAAAAAUAUCAACUUUCACCGUGCCUGAUGCUUACAGGCAGCGACAGUGUGUUCUGAAUAGAUGUGAGUUUACACGAGGACCCGUGCGCUUCAGCAUUAUUAUACAAGCUUCAAGAUCAAGUAGAUCAUCCAUCAGACGAGAACACGAGGUAGUCGAC